AUGUAUGAAAGAGCACCACCACGGUUAGUCCAUGAUGAUGAAAGCAUGAUGCUGAGACAGGACCGGGUAGACGGACAAAUAUUAAGCAGAACUCCUAUUGAUGGUGGCCAAUUUAUUAAUUUAUUAAAAACUAAUACCAACAAAAAUAAGGAUCACAUCAAGGGAGAAAUAGACAUCUUUUUCCCAUUAAGCGAAUUAGAAAAAUCCAAGAUUGAAACACUCAUCAAUUUGGACAAUAUCGAAUCAGCCAUUGUUUCUACGAGCUCUGUUCUUUGUACGUAUCCAAAUCCUUUGUCUAUGGAUGUUAUUGAUAAAGUCACAAUGGCCAUUACUUCCAAUGCUUUCUUUCACGAUACUGGUGGUAAAAAGUCUUCAGAGUUUUUCAAGGAAUGGACUAAUUUUGUUUCAAAUCUCAACAAGUUCAAGAUGAAUCAUCCCAGUACCUCAGUUUUUUAUACUAUUUCUCGUUUAUAUGAAGAGAUGACAUCUUCCAACACUGGUUUCCCUUCACUCACCCAAGAGUUUUUUCUGGCAGCUCUUCAUUGCAAUAUUUAUUUCUUUAAACCACCUUCAACCCCAAUCUGCGCAUAUUCCUGCUCUACUCUACAAAUUAGUUAUGUUAGCAAGGGCAUAUGA